CUCCGCGCCCUCCGGAACUUAUCGACCACCACCGCCGCCCGCCGCUGAAGUGGUUAAAGAUGUCUGAGACAAAGUUCAGUGUGAUGGUGAGCCUAUUCAAUUGGAUGCAGAAGAGCAAGUCCUCCUCCGUUAAGCGCUCCAAAUUCCGCAAGUUUCUCGACACAUUCUGCCGCCCCAACAACGGCGAAGACUACUUCUCCGCCAUCCGCUUGAUCCUGCCUGGCCUGGACCGCGAGCGAGGAUCCUACGGACUCCGCGAGCAUGUACUGGCCACGUGCCUGAUUGACGCCAUCGGCAUGUCUCGUGACUCCCCCGACUCUCAGCGCCUUCUCAACUGGCGCAAGGGCGGCCCUAGGUCGGGUGCUUUCGCCGGGAAUUUCUCUCUCAUCGCCGCAGAGGUUCUACAACAGAGGCAGGGCAUGACUUCAGGAGGCCUGACUAUAAAAGAACUGAAUGAAUUGCUUGAUCGGUUGGCCUCCAGUGAGAAUAGGUCGGACAAGACUUCCAUUCUUUCUGAUCUCAUCAGGAAAACAAAUGCUCAAGAAAUGAAGUGGAUUAUUAUGAUAAUUCUCAAAGAUCUUAAGUUGGGAAUAAGUGAAAGGAGCAUAUUUCAUGAAUUUCACCCCGAUGCUGAGGACUUGUUCAAUGUAACCUGUGAUCUAAAACUAGUUUGUGAAAAAUUGCGAGAUCGUAGUCAGCGGCAUAAGCGCCAGGACAUUGAAGUCGGCAGACCUGUUCGCCCGCAACUAGCUUUGAGGGUCAGCAAUGCAGCUGCUGCAUGGAAAAAGCUUCAUGGAAAGGAAGUCGUUGUUGAGUGCAAAUUUGAUGGUGAUCGCAUCCAAAUCCAUAAGAAUGGAGCAGAUAUAAAUUUUUUCUCGAGGAAUUUUCUUGAUCAUCCAGAGUAUGAACAUGGCAUGUCAGAUGUUAUAAGAAGGAAUAUCCUGAUUGAUAGGUGUAUUCUUGAUGGUGAAAUGUUGGUUUGGGAUGCUUCAGCAAAUCGAUUUGCAGAGUUUGGUUCAAAUCAAGAAAUAGCCAAGGCCGCAAAGGAGGGGCUUGAUAGUGAUCGACAGUUGUGCUAUGUUGCAUUUGACAUUCUUUAUGCUGGAGAUACAAGUGUUAUUCACCGAAGCUUGAAGGAGAGGCAUCAACUUCUUCAAAAAGUUGUCAAACCAGUAGCAGGUCGUUUGGAGAUUUUGGUUCCUAAUGGUGGUCUCAAUGCACAUCGUCCUGCUGGGGAACCAUGUUGGUCGCUAAUUGUUCACGAUAUUGAUGGUGUUGAGAGAUUUUUCAAAGAAACCAUUGACAACAGAGAUGAAGGAAUUGUUUUGAAAGAUCUUAACUCCAAAUGGGAACCUAGUGAUCGAAGUGGAAAGUGGCUAAAGUUAAAGCCUGAGUACAUUCGAGCAGGCUCAGAUUUGGAUGUUCUAAUCAUAGGGGGCUACUACGGUUCUGGACGCCGUGGAGGUGAGGUAGCACAAUUUCUUGUGGGCCUUGCAGAGCGUCCAGCCUCAAACACAUAUCCCAGACGAUUUGUUUCGUUUUGCAGAGUGGGUACAGGACUCUCUGAUGAGGAGCUUAAUGCUGUUGUCACCAAAUUGAAGCCUUAUUUCAGGAAAUACGAAUAUCCAAAGAAGCCACCUCCAAGCUUCUAUCAAGUUACAAAUAACUCAAAGGAGAGACCAGAUGUUUGGGUUGAAAGCCCAGAAAAAUCAAUUAUAGUUUCCAUCACCAGUGAUAUUCGAACAAUCAGAUCCGAGGUAUUUGCUGCUCCAUAUAGUUUGAGAUUUCCACGGAUUGAUCGUGUCAGAUACGACAAACCUUGGCAUGAAUGCCUUGAUGUACAGUCAUUUGUUGAAUUGGUACAUUCAAGCAACGGCACAACGCAGAGGGUGAUGGAUAAUGCAGUUAUGCUGGAAGAUAAACCAAAACGUGCAAAGUCAUCUAGAGGAGGGAAGAAGAAUGUUUCAGUAGUUCCUUCCCACUUUAUUCAGACUGAUGUUUCUGAAGUUAAGGGUGAAACAUCAAUAUUUUCAAACAUGAUUUUCUACUUUGUAAAUUUACCAUCAUCCCAUUCUCUUGAUUCCUUGCAUAAAAUGGUGGUUGAGAAUGGUGGCACUUUCUCUAUGAAUCUAAACAAUUCAGUUACUCACUGUAUUGCCUCUGAGAGUAAAGGGAUCAAGUUUCAGGCUGCAAAGCACCAAGGAGAUGUUAUUCAUUCCUCUUGGCUCUUCGACUGUUGCUCGCAGAAGAAGCUUCUUCCUUUACAGCCAAAGCACUUCCUUUUUCUCUCCAAUGCGUCAAAGAACAAGCUAGAAGAAGAAAUUGAUGAAUUCUCUGACUCCUACUAUUUGGAUCUGAAUGUGACAGACCUUAAACAGAUCUUAUGCAACAUUGGUAAAGCUGAAGAUUCGAAAGCAAUAGAGUAUUACAAGAAAAAAUUCUGUCCGAGGGAGGAAUGGAUUCGAUUUCAUGGUUGUUGCAUUUACUUCUUCCAUCUAAGAAAAAAUACGAGCUGGGAAGUUCCACUGGAACUUGCAAUGAGAAGAAUGAAGAUUGGAAUUUGCAAUGGUGGUGGAAGUGUUGCAGAGACUCUUUCUCAUGCUACUCAUUUAGUGAUUGUCUCUAGUCCACAGACUGAUAUGGACUUUGGUACGAUAUUGAAUAGUUUCUCAAAAGAGGAGAAGCGUCACUUGCGGAGUACAAGAUUGCAAAUUGUCGAGUCCCGGUGGUUGGAUGACUGUUUUGACAAGGACCAGAAGUUGUCAGAGGAGAGUUAUAGUUUGAGAGCCCAGGGUUUUCUGGAGUCUUUAGCUGGAGACAGUAAUGAAGAUGAUCUUACUAGAGAAGAAUAUCGGAGCUUGGAAAUAGGAUCGAAGGAUGUAUCAUCUUCUUAUGGUGUGAGAAACAGCAAUGCUACAUCAGACAAGCCAAGAAUUGUCAGCUUGCCUAAUAGGGAUGGAAAAAGAAAAAGGGGAAGACCCAGUGGGAUGAGCACCAGAAAAGGAAAAUCAGUUGUCAACCGAAGAACAAGGCCACGAGCUGGAAAGAAUCCUGCUAAGAUCGAUGAAAAUGAAUCAGAUAAUGGUGCUUCUUCGGAUGACAAGGAAGAACUUGAAGUUGGCGGCAAAAGUGAUGUGGGCUCUGAGAUGUUAAAAAGUAAAGGAAGAUCAAGUUUUAAUCAACCCAAGAGAACAGCAAGGGCUCAGAUUAGAAACAAGCCAGCGAAGAUCGGUGGAAAUGAAUCAGAUAAAGACCCCUCUUCUGAAGAGCAGAGUAUGGAACAAGAUUUUGAAGUCAAGCGAGCAAAUAAUGGGCCUUCUGACACUGCAAACUUACAUGUUCCCGAAUUUCAAAAGAAAGAGGCUGAAAAAGACUCCACAUCAGAAAAAGGCAAAGAAGCUGAACUGGGGGUUGAGGAACGUUAUAAACCUGGAAUAAGGGUUGAUGAAACAAAUGAAGUUGGAUCUGGAUACGGUGGCAGCACCUGUUACAAUGACCGACUAGAAGACACUGUUGAUCCAGUUCAAGCUAUGUUACUCGACAUGGUACCCAUUCUUGCUACAAAGAAAGUUGAAAGUGCGAUCCCCGUUUCUGAUGAAGUUAAAACGCGACAUCCUGAUCCGGCCCCUGAAGAGGAGAAAAUACCUUUAGAUGAUGAAACGAAACCGGUCAAGAAAAGAAAAGUAAGCUACAAGGAUGUCGCUAAUGAACUGCUCAAGGAUUGGUGAAACCACGAUAAAUAAGUUCUCUGUAAAUUAAUACAAUCAUAUCCAUUAAAUUGUUUGUAUAUUUUUGCCGCACAAUGUCCCAUAAGGUUUCAAAAUAACUAUCUGCUGGAUACAUCGACCUUGUUGCUCUAAAUUCUCAUAUUGCAGUCUUAUAUAACACAGAGACUUGAGAAGAUCA